UCAUUCAACCAAUCAUAUAAUCAAAUGUCAACUACAUCUAAACCAACAGCAAAGGUUGAGCUGAGAAUAUCAUGCAAGGGCUUGACCAACAAGGACACCUUCUCAAAGUCUGACCCUCAGGUGUUUGUAUACUGCAAUGUACCAACUCAGCCACCAAAGCUCAUUGGAAGGACUGAGAAGAUCAACAACUCUCUCAAUCCACAGUUCAACACUGCUGUCUUUGUUGACUACUACUUUGAGCAAACUCAAUACUUGAAGUUUGUCGUUAUGGACGUUGACUAUGACCCCACGGACAAGGAGGAUGAUCUGAUUGGAAAGGCUGAGUGCACGUUGGCCAAUAUCAUCUCGAGUCCAGGUGCCACUGUCCAACUCCAGUUGAUGUCCAAGAGUAUGCACAAGGCCGGAACUAUAACGGUCAAAUCAGAAAUGACCAGUGGAUCAAAGCAGAACAUUAGAUUCUGUGUCGAGGGUCAGAAGCUGGAUAAGAAGGAUCUAUUUGGCAAGACUGAUCCGUACUUCACAAUCUCAAAGCGUUCGGCCGAUGGCUUCUCCCAAGUCUACAAAAGUGAGACCAUAAUGAACACCCUUGAUCCAAAGUACAGGCAGAUCCAGAUGCCAUUGGAUGACCUUACCGGUGGAGACCUACGCAGAGAGCUACUCUUCAACUUCUACGACUACGACUCUGUUGGAGCACAUGACUUUAUCGGUUCAUUCGUUACUACUACCGAACACAUCUUGGCAAACGGAUCCAACGUGGCAUUGUUUGAUCUUGUGAACCAGAAGAAGAAGGAGAAGAAGUCAAGUUACAAGAACUCUGGAACAAUUGUAAUCACCAAGGCGAUAAUGUAUAGAAGUGAUGCACAGUUCAUUGACUACUUGUACGGAGGUUGUCAAUUGGAGUUGACAGUGGCCAUCGAUUGCACUGCCAGCAAUCAAUCACCAACCUCACCCAGCAGUCUUCACUACAAGCACCCGACCGUCCCCAACCCAUACGCCAACGCCAUCGUCUCUGUUGGCAAUGCUCUUGCUCCCUACGACUUUGAUGGAUGGAUCCCAACCUAUGGAUUCGGUGCUGUCCCACCCGGCCGCAAUGAUACAUCCCAUUGUUUCCCAAUGAACCUUACCCAAGAUCCAAGGGCACGUGGAGUAGAGGGUGUCCUGGAUACAUACUAUCAGAACAUUACACGUGUGGAGCUUAGUGGACCAACAAAGUUCGCUCCACUCAUUGAGAAGGUUAGAUUGGAUGUCGAGAUGAAACAGGACAACCAAAAGUAUACCAUCCUCAUGAUCAUCACUGAUGGUGCCAUCAAUGAUAUGUUGGAUACCGUCAGGGAGGUCAUCAAUGCCGCCAACCAUAGUCCAAUAUCCAUCAUCAUUGUUGGAGUUGGUAAUGCCAACUUUGAUAACAUGCAUGAGUUGGAUCAUGAUGGAAAGAAGUUGACUGAUGGUCUCCAUGAGGCUAGGAGAGACGUUGUUCAAUUCGUUUCGAUGAAUGAUUUCAAGGACAAGCCAUUCCAUCUGCUGGCUGAGGAGGUGCUCAAGGAGGUCCCAACACAAUUUAUGAAGUAUGUGGACUUCUUCUCCAUCUUUGCCAAUCCACCCAGAGUGUAUGUCCCACCUCCACAACCAAUGGUCUCUGUUGCUCCAAUCGUAGCACCAAUGGCACCAGUCGAGGCAUCAAUGGCCAACCUCACUGUAUCACCAGCAUCUGCCUCAGUCCAU